UACUGACUGGGGGUACGGACAAAACGAUGAAACGAGCGAGAAGAACAACCGAAGACGAGUCGCGGUUUCGUUUCAGUCGUGAUGGUGGUGAUGUCGAAUGAGUGAGGGUUCAAAGACGAGCUCCUCGAAUUCUUGUGCUAGCUGUUGUCGUUCAAUCACCCACCACCACUCAAUAUUUCUCGUAAGGCUGGAUGGAGUGGGCAUUGUUUUGUCUCUCUCGUACGAUCGUCACUAUACUUAGUACCACCCAAGUGCUCGACAUUUGUGCCUCUCUCCGUGAAGUGUGACAUUGUUGUGGCUACAUUGGUGGACCAUGUCCGUUGACAAGCAGUGAGUGAGCCAUCAUCCCUGACCCAGCGAAAUUUAGUGUCGUUGAUAUUGUUGACCCUCGAGAGGAUGGCUGCCGUGACGUCGAAUGCGUCGUCCGUGGCCUUGGCCAUGGCCGCAGCCAAUGCCACUAAUUCUCAUCUACCUUCUGCCUACCCACCAACGGUCAAGUCCCCGGACUCUCAAGUGAGCGAUAGCAAAUCAAAUCCCGAUGAGCGGGACGGUCCUUCUCCGUCCCGGGAUUCGGCCACACCUGUGGUUCACGCCUCGGCCUCCGUGGGCCACGAUCAUUGGGCCAAUGAUGUGAUGAGUGCCGUGAGUGAACCGGUGGCCCCCAGCUCAAGUAGUGAGUCCGAGGCCGAUGAUUUGGCGGGAAAGAUUCUCGAGAAGAAACGCAAGUUCCACUCGGGCAGAGCUUUGGAACUGAAAAACUUGCCGGAUGGAUGCACAGAACAGGACAUUCGGGACGCCUUUACGGAUCUCAUCAUUUAUAGUGUGAUGAUUGAACAAACAGAUGGUCGCUACAAACCGGGAGCGAAAUUAACCCUUCAGAAGCCGGAAUUGUUGGACGAUUGGCCGAAAUCUCGUCAGAAUGUGUUCAUCUUGAACAAGGAAGUCUCUGUGUGCAUUGGAAGCUCUGAUGGAUGGCUGUGCGUGGCCAAACUCCCUCUUGAUUAUACUGAUGACCAGUUUAUGCAAUUGGCCGAGAGCUAUGGCAGGGUGAAGGAGGCCUUUCUAAUGAUAUCAGAACUAACGGGUGAAAGCAAGGGCUACGGGCUGAUCAAAUAUUUAAGUAGCGAUGCCUCCGCUCAAGCUCGCCAUCUUCUGGAUGGGCGAGAGAUCAAUCAAUAUCGGAUCGACUGCGACUGGCUCAACUCCGGGCAUAUCACAUUCAAAUCCCUGCAUUCCAAGGCCCUUUUCGUGGACCAUCUUCCCCCGGGCUAUCGGGAUUUGGGCGAGUUCAGAAAGAUCUUUUCGGUUGUCAAAAACCCACCCUAUUGUCAGAUUGCUAUGCCCAAGGGUGUGAUUCAGGACUGGGGCUUGGUUGAGUUCUUCGAUCCUGAUGACUCAGAGGCCACGCAGCAAAAGCGAAACCAUUACAGCAUCAAGAACCAUCAGAUUAGAGUUCAUUUUUGUAUCCCAGGCGUUAAUGCUAUCAACAUUUACAUGCAGGCUGUGAAUGCUCCGGCCGAUACGAGGAAGAAAGCCCUAAUGAAUGAUACUCCAUCCGCCAAUGUAUAUUCUCAGCUCCAAAAAUUGGCCAACCAAAACCCAACUUUUGCCCAGAAUCUCCAGAAUAUUAUUCAAGACCAAAUAUCCAGUCUGUCAUCCGGACGAUCUCUUUUGCCCGGAACAAUCGAAGCUGUCUCACCUGAACCUUCCGUGCAGAUGAACACGCCUACUAUGGUGUCUGCUACGCCCACUUUAAAUGGAAAUGCCCAAGCCGCUCUCAUGAUUCUUCUUACAGCUCAAAUGGAGAGCCAGGCGGGUGAAUCAAGCAUUUUGCAGAAUCCACAAGUGGUUGGAACACUUCAGAAUCUUGUAAAUCAGGCAGCUAAUCCUUCCACUCAAAAGGACAUGUCGUUAAAUGAGAUCUUAGCACAGAAUCCAGCAUUAGACCAAGUAUUCAAGGGUCCAUUAGGAACCCAACAGGCCCAAGCUGCGCCACAACCCCAACAGACCCGUUGGAAUCAAGGUAAUUCCGGUAAAGGACCUCUGAUUGGGUCUGCUGCUCCCUCACCGCCUGUGUAUGAGCAAGCCAAAGCGGUCAGGCCCCAAGAAUCCAUUCCAGGUACUCCUUCAAAUCUAGUGUCAGCGCCCAAGGACGCCUCUCCUACCCCGCCCAUUGUUGCAAAUAACUUGAACAACUUGUUGAACACCCAAAACCUGAGCCAGCUCUUGGGCAGUUUGACGAACGAGCAAGUGGCAGCUAAUGCGGCUGCGGUCUCUCAGGCCAACGAUGCUUUGAACCAGCAAAGAGCACGAAGGCCCCAGGCCUUACCGGGUCAGCGACCCGUCCUCUUAGGGGAUCCACCAGGCCAAGUGCAGGGGUCUCACUCCCAGACCCACGUUCAACAAACGCAACAACAAACUACUCUUUCACAAACGCUGCAGCAUGCCCAACAAAUGCAACCCAUUGUAUCGGCGCCUGCCAUGUUGCCUCCACAAGUAUCGUCUGGCCUUGGAUAUGCAGGGCUUCCGAAUGGAGGUGGGGGCAUGUUCCCCACUCCGACUGCACCUCAGAAUCCUUACCUACUGGCUGGACUUCAAGGAAUCCCUUACACAACUGCCACCUCAAACCCUGCAUUUUUGUACGCUUCCAGUAUGAAUGCGGCUGCGCGCUUUGCCGUGGCGCAACAGCAGUCCCAACAACAACAACAGCAACAACAUCAGCACCACCAACAGCAGCAGCAACAUCACCAUCAACAACAACAACAACAACAACAACAACAACAACAGCAGCAACAACAACUGCUGGCUGCCGCUCAGCAUCAGUAUCUUAGCACGGCCAACCAAAGUUUGACUGCGGCUGCCAAUGCCCAAUAUACGGCCUAUCUACAACAGCAGCAGCAACUGAGCCUUAUGAAUUCUUUGCAACAAUCGUCGGGUAUGGUGUCUCCGGUGAGCAUGGCCGCCGGAUACAUUCAACAACCUCCCAUUGGCACUGCCUUUAUGGCCGCCCCCGGUGGCCACGUGGGUCACCCUCUGGGAUUUGCUACCCCUCCUCCAAGUGGAAACAAGCGAAAACUUCCAAUCCCUCCCAGUCCGGAGCAAAGUCCCGAAGGUCCAUACAUCGGGCAACAUUCUCAAGGUCUUGGUGGGCAUUAUGCAGACAGUUAUUGGCGGAAACGGGCCAAAUACGAGUAAGUUAGCCCGCGAUGCUGGAUGGAUUCCCUGGAGACACCAGAAGAGUACAACAAGCACAGAAACCACCCGAACCUCCAACGUCCAAUCCCUCCCUCGCCCCCCCGUUUUUUGUUGGUGCCUGGAAUGGAAGCCAAGGAGGACAAUUUAGACUAUCAUUCCAGAAAAGCCCGAAAGAUUCAUUCUUAUGAGAAAUCGUCAUUCACAAGAGAAUAUAAUACCACGUCUAUUACGAACAAGCGUUCUCGAAUCGACCCCGGCUUCACUUGCAUAAUAGUAAUAAGUUGUUCCUCUUGAGAAUGAUCACGAUGAUUUCCACUUCGAUCAUGACCACCAUCCUGCUUCUUCCGAACAAUUAUCUUUAGUAUUAUUAUCCUCAUCAUUAUUAUCAUUAGUAUCAUCAUCACUAUGAGUACAACUCUCGACUUUGAUUGUGUAAAGCCGUACCAUAACCAAAGAAGAGUUUUCUCAAUUUUGAGUUGUUUGGGCAUUCCUCUCUCGUCUUCCUUCUUGAGUAACUAUCACUUUCACCCCGUAUCAUCAAAUUUGCUCUCCAUAUGUGCAUUAUUAUGAUUACGAUUAUUUUCAUUAUCACUACUACCCUUAUCCCUAUCUCAUUAACAACUAAAACCAGUUAGGAUCUAUUCAGGAGGAUUCCCUGGACGCCUUCAUCAUACUCCUCACCUCCAACUACGAGAACGACAAUGAUACUCAGUUGAGUCCACCCUCAACGACGCUUACUCAAUUAUAAUUAACCCCCAUAUCAUGUUUUGUUCGCUUCUUCUUUCUCUUCAUCCUAGAUCUUUUAAGUCUUUUGUUCGCAUUGUGUAUGAUAUUAUUUUUAACCUUUCUUUUCUCACCCCCAAAAAGUGAAUACGUUGGGGCCAGAUGUGGUGAAUUUCAAGGAGUUCGCCCCGUGAUGGCCUUCUUUUUCUGGCUCUCGCCUCUUUCUUCUUCCCUUUCUGAAUCUGUCGCAUCCCUGUCAAACUUGGCCGUCUCUAAUACAUUAUAGUAUGUCACACAGAACCAAAUAAAUGUCUAUCAUACACUA